AUGAUCAAAUGUGAUAAGGCCAUUCCAUGUUCCAGCUGCGGAACACUCGGGAUCACUUGCCAUGCCGCUUCUUCGAGGCUCACAGAGCGACCUCCUGUUGCUCCAUCCAACCAGUACGUCAGCCAUCCGACUACUUCUUCAAGUGGCUUGGGUAUUAACCCAGCCAGUGAGAGAAACUUGGGGUUGAUCGAAGACCGCCUUUCUGCGGUCGAAAAAAGUAUUCAUGAGUUGUCGCAUCGUUCCGCCGCCACUGCUUCCGUGGCUUCGUUGGGCCAUCAUUCACCCUCUUUAUCAACCCAGUCAUCUCUGGAGAUAGCGACUGCUGCAUUUGAAGGGCAAUCGUCCUUUGGUAGUGCGACUCUACUAGCCAAAAAGGUAGCGGAUCUUUCCGUUGCAAGAGUCCCCGGGAGUAAACUCGACGAGAACGUCUAUAGAGCCCUCCUGUCCCUAAACAGCAGCCUCGAUAAGCAUCACCCAGCUCCGCGUUCUUCUGAAACGACAGAAGUUGCAAACCCUGCAACAUCCAAUUUGAAUCUACCUCCGGUGGCUUUCGUGAUUUCUCUCAUCAAGAGGAUCAAAGCAGGCUCCAUUACCCUUUUGCAUGGUUUGCUCUACUUCAUCAUUCGGGACUAUAUUCACAUUGGGGACACUUCACUUCCUCAACCCGAUUGUGCCAUAUAUGCAGACAUGUGUGAGAAAAACUUUGUGCAGGGCUUGAAAUCCUACGAUAUAUUUGUCAGCCCAACCCUUGAAAAGGUCCAGGCGCUGCUAAUUGGGGUGAUUAAGUGUCAAGAAGAAACAAACCUUCCGCUGUGCUGGACCUAUCUGUCAGUGGCAUUUGAUAUGUGUCAAAGUAUGGGAUACCAUAGCAAUUCGGAAUUGAAAAGUGAUCCCUUCCCAGUUAGUGAGGAGAAGCGACAUAUUUUCUGGAGACUGUAUAUGGUUGACAAAAACCUCUCUCUUAACCUUGGCCGCACAUCACAUUUUCAAGACCAUGAUAUCGAUUGCGGAAUUUUCAUGCCGUCAACUGACCCUCAUCAACACCCUUGGGAUCUCAUGACUCAUGUGAUCAUCAAGUUUUCAGCUAUCCAGGGUCGAGUAUAUGACAAACUAUAUUCCGUUUCGGCAUCGCGCUCGCCACCGGAAGAAAAGAUGCGUGUCAUGGAACAGUUAUCUACCGAGUUGAUUGAAGUGCGGAAUGAACUCCUUGAGAUCGAUGUCAGCGGUGGCUAUUAUGCAGAGUCAUUACAAGGAAUAGCGGCUUGUGCUGAAUUUAUCACCUAUUCAGUUUUGACUGUCAUCUACCGUGCCCAGAUGUCUCCGAACGCCAUGGCUAUAAGUUCCAAAUGCCUGGAGGCAGCCAAACUAGGUUUACAGAGUCACUUGAAAUGCUUUCCUUACUUCCGCGAACGCAAAAGCCACAAGAAAGCUGAAUAUGUAACCUGGAUUCUUCUCUACCCUUCCUUCACACCAUUCGUCAUCCUCUUCACCCACGCAAUUGCCACUGGAGACUUGGAGGAACUUGCCUUACUCCAGGAAACAGUCGGCUCGCUCGAACUGGUCAAGGAUCUUUCCCGCGGCUCCCAACAUCUCUACGAAAUAUGCAAAGCGUUUCUCACCAUUGCCGAUGCUUUGAUCAAUUCCCAACGAACCCUGAACGGCCUGGAACACCACGCCGAUGGCUCACUUGUACUCCCUUUUAUGGCUGAUGGACAGACCCAGAUUACCUUCCCAGAUAUCUCAUGGACAGAAGAUAUGUACGAUUUUAAUAUGGACAGUGCUGAUAUUUCUGGUUUCUUGAAUGAUUUCCUGGGAACGAACAGGCCCGGGACAGAUAUUCUCCGCCUAAACUUCAAGUAA